AUGUCUGAGGAAAGUGGAAGUUCAGUGAAAGUGAAAGAAACUGGUUACAUCCUGUUGCAGUAUCCCACAAAUCCCCCAGAAAAACAGGCUGACUACCUUCGUAGCCUGUCCUCCCCCACACUGCCCUUUACUGAUCCACCACCUGUAACCCCUCCACCACCCCUUAACCCUCCACCACCACUUAACCCUCCACCACCCCUUAACCCUCCACCACCCCUUAACCCACCACUACCCCUUAACCCUCGACCGCCCCUUAAAAAUCCACCGCCCCUUAAAAAUCCACUGCCCCUUAAAAAUCCACCGCCCCUUAAAAAUCCACCGCCCCUUAAAAAUCCACCGCCCCUUAAAAAUCCACCGCCCCUUAAAAAUCCACCGCCCCUUAAAAAUCCACCACCCCUUAACCCUCCACCGCCCCCUAACCACCCACCACCUUGUAAACCCCCACUGCCCCAUAACCCCCCUCCAACUGACCCACAACCCCGCCCACUGCCCCUCAACCCCAUCCACUGCCCCUCAACCAGCCCACCACCCCUCAACCAGCCCACCACCCCUCAACCAGCCCACCGCCCCUCAACCAGCCCACCGCCCCUCAACCAGCCCACCGCCCCUCAACCAGCCCACCGCCCCUCAACCAGCCCACCGCCCCUAAACCAGCCCACCGCCCCUAAACCAGCCCACCGCCCCUCAACCAGCCCACCGCCCCUAAACCAGCCUACCGCCCCUCAACCAGCCCACCGCCCCUCAACCAGCCCACCGCCCCUCAACCAGCCCACCGCCCCUCAACCAGCCCACCGCCCCUCAACCAGCCCACCGCCCCUCAACCAGCCCACCGCCCCUCAACCAGCCCACCGCCCCUCAACCAGCCCACCGCCCCUCAACCAGCCCAUCUCCCCUCAACCCGACCAACUCCCCUCAACCCGACCAACUCCCCUCAACCCGACCAACUCCCCUCAACCCGACCAACUCCCCUCAACCCGACCAACUCCCCUCAACCCGACCACCUCCCCUCAACCCGACCACCUCCCCUCAACCCGACCACCUCCCCUCAAGCCGCCCACCUCCCCUCAACCCGACCACCUCCCCUCAACCCGACCACCUCCCCUCAACCCGACCACCUAA